AUGCCGCUUUUGGGUCUUCCACUGGAAAUCCUUCUCUGGGUUGGCAAGUUUACCGACGAGAAAGGCCUUCGAAAUCUGUGUCUUACGUCUCGAGAAUUCAACGUCAUCUUCAGAAAGAGCCUCUUUGAUUGCAUAGACUUUCAAGGUUCCUUGCCAAUUCACUGGGCGAUCGAACAUAGAUGCUUAGGCAUCCUGCAGCACUCUCUGGGUUGGGAAAAGACAGACAUCAACGAAAUAUAUUCUGGCUUUACACCUCUCAUGUUGGCUACACAGUUGCGGUACGCAGACGCUGUUGAUUUGCUAUUAAGCCAUCAUUCAGUGAAAGUCAUACAAUGUAAUACUUUGGGAGAAAGUGCCUUCUCCAUCGCAGUUCUGCAUGGAAGCGUCAAAAUUGUCGAACGACUCAUCAAUGUGCCGAACAUUGAUAUCAAUAAUCAAUCCAUGGAUGGAAAUGCGCCUAUUACAACCGCACUAGCUUGUCGCCAAUCUUAUAUCUUCCAACUUCUCUUGUCUGAUGAGCGGACAGAUGUCAACAUCAGCGAUCAUCAUGGCCACACACCACUGCAUAUUGCGGUAGAAAUUGGCGACUAUGGGGCGAUUCAAAUGCUCGUACGAAAUUCACGCGUUGAUGUCAACCGUUUCAACCUCCAACAGGAAACUCCGUUGCUUCUGGCUGUCAAAGGAUACGGUCGUUUUCUCCCAAUCAACAAACGGCUGCUUAUCAUUGAAGCCUUGCUUUUGAGUCCAUGCAUCAAUCUUAAUUAUCAAGAUAAGAAUGGACGCACCGCAAUCUGGUAUGCGGUCGACAAUUCCGACACAAAACUGGUUGAGCUGCUCUUGCAACAAAUGAAUCUGGACCUGAAUUGCACGGACAAAUUGGGCCAGACACCGUUGUCAAAUGCUGCUGCAAAUGGCUCUUUAGCCUUGGUCAAAGUCCUCUCCCGACAGCCGGGGCUUCAUAUAAGCCCUCAAUCUGCCGAUGCACUACCGCCGCUUUGGUCGGCAUGUCGCGCAGGGCAGCUUUCAGUGGUGGAAUUUCUCUUGGAAAAUUCAGCCAACAUUAACCAAAAAAGCCCAUCAGGGGUGUCGCCACUUCAGAUUGCAAUCAUUAUGGAGCAUAUCGACAUUAUCCGUCUCCUUCUCAGCUACGAAGAAACUUUGCUGAUCAAUGACCGAGACCGUCACUCCUUUACCGCGCUCAUGUUCGCGUCAGCUCAAGGUAGGCUGGAAGUUGCCAGAAUGUUAUUGGAGCAUCCCAAUAUAAAUGUGAAUGCGAUGGAUGAUCAGAAGAGGACAUCUUUCUGGUGGGCUGCGGCUAAUGGGCAUUAUGAGAUUGUACAUUUGUUGGCCAAUCAGCGUGGUGUCAAAAAGCGACUGAAAGAUUCGAAUGGCCAGACAGCAUAUGCCAUCGCCAAGGAACGCAACCAUGGGCAUGUCAAGGUUUAUUUGCGAAGCUUUUAG